CUUGUUGGGGAGUGGGGAUGAAUUUUGUUUUUGUCGUUCGCGAUGGAGCACAGAUUGUUCUGAACAAAUUGUUAAACUUUGGUUUUAUUAUUCGGUUUAAAGAUGAUGAACUUAUCGAAAACUUUACAGGAAGACAUCAAGAUUAAUCAAUUUAAUCUAAAAGCGGCUAUUCUGAAUCAUCAGAAUUUGGUUGUCAAACUCCGAGGAGGAAAUCUUGCGGAUCCUUCCGAUGUGAAACUAAAACUUGCUGGAAUUCAAAAGCACAUCUUAUCCUUGGGCGAAGCUCAGAAACUAUUGCUGGCCAGAGUGAAGAAAGAACUCGCCAACAGCAAUUCGUGGACCAAUCACGGCACAGAGAAGGCGGAACGACCGAAUGCCGAGCUGAGAGUUUAUCCUCCGUCCGCGAAUUGUCAGGAUCCCGCUAGAAAAUUCAAUAACACCUACCAGAAACGUACUGUCAAAGAAGCAAAAGUAGAACGUGAUGGCUGCAGUGAGGAUACAGACAGGAAGCGCAUCCAAGAUGGCGGCAGCGAGGAUACAGACAGGAAGCGCAUCCAAGAUGGCGGCAGCGAUGCCCCGCCCACCAAACGAGUCAAACAAAUACUGCACACCUCUCGCCCCUCUACUCCUGUGCUCGAUACUCACAACUAUGAUCAAGGUUCGGCGCCCACGUCAUCGGAAGACUCCCAAGAAUCGCUGGUGAUAGAUACAUCAACCGAGACUUCCAAGGACGACUUCCUAUCAGCUGUUGGUUUGAUAAACAGAGAACAGCUGAUGUUGGCAAAAAACAGGCGCGCGUCGAGACGUAGGAGACGUCACGCUGGACAUCACUCUCAGUACACCAGUCACAGUCACUGGGAUCUCACAGUGCGGCGUCACCGCCCCCGCGAAUCGGCCGACAAGGAGGUGGCAGGACCAGUGGUGGGGGCGGCGGCAUUGAUCGCCUCUGCAGCCUCCAUCCCGCUAACGGCCUUCCACCAGAAACCAGACGCAGACAUGGAUGUGGACGACGACUGCCCCAGUGUGACGUCACCCGUGGAGGAGUGCCCCAGCGUGACGUCACUGAAACGUGAAGCGGAGUCGGUUAGCAGUGGAUGCAGUAGCCCUGUGACGGUUGAUGAGGGGGGUGUACCCCCGUCCGAACCCACACCGCCGCCCCUAUCGCCUGACAAGGUGGUGUGCACUGUGUGUAGGAAAAAGGGUAUUUUGUCAAUCUGCGACAUCUGCUCGACGGCGUUCCACUGGUUCUGCCUGGACAAGAACAACAAGCGAUGCCCCGUGUGUCUGGUGUCGCAGCUGGGCACGCCCUUUCCGUCCCGGGGGAGCCAGAAGGGCCCCUCGCUGCAUGCAGGGGGCGACAAGGAGGUUAGGCACUUGCAACGUUACUACAAGCGUGUACCGUCUAGCGAGAGCAGUCUAUAUGCUGAACGGUUGAAGGUUAAGAAAACGUUAGAAGCACGAAACGACAGUUUGAAACACGAAUUGGCCGGACUGAAAAAGAAAGCGACAGAACUAAGCGCUGCUCUUGUGAAUCAAACGGAAAACAUAAAAAAGUUGACUGCUGGAGAAGAGAAAACGAACGCGAAAGUAAAGAAAAUUCUAGACAUAAUUAAUUUUUUCAAGUCUGUUCCAUCCUGACCUUCGGUUAUUGAAAGCAAUAUCAAAUAGGUAGUUACAAAUUAUGUUACACUUUUGUUCAUCGUUCUCUUGAAUUUAAAUUAGACGUUUCUAGAUUUUGUUGACUUGAUAGUUGGUAUGUUUCAGAGAACAUAUUUUAGUAAAAAAUGUUGAUAUUCUUAUGAUUCAGUUGAAUAAUAAUUUCCCAUUUUUUUUAACUUAUUUUAGUAAAAAAUGUUGAUAUUCUUAUCAUGAUUUAGUUGUCCAAUAACUUCCCAAUUAAUUCAACAAUUUAUUUUUGUUGAUUGUAGUUGAGAGAAUUAAUAUUUUAGUGAAAAAAAUUGUUAAAAAUUAAUAUAAUUUGAUGAAACUAGUAUUCUAGUGUAAUUUUCUGUUGAUUGUAUGUUUUGAGGACAUAUAAUGUUUGCAAAAAUUAUGUUGAAAUUACAUAUUAUUUCCAUUAUUCAGUUGUCUAAUAUUCCUAAUCAUUUGGAGAAAUUAAUUUGUUUAUUGUACUUUGGAAAUUAUAAUAUUCUAGUGAAAAAACUGUUGAAAUUGAAUAGAAUUUCCACCCUGAGACUAUUAUUUAGUUAGUAUUCUGUUUUAUGUUGAUAUGUUAAUAUGGACAUUUGUUGAUAUGUUAAUAUGAACAUUAUGUUGAUAUGUUAAUAUGGACAACAUAUUAUUUUAGAGAAAGAAUGUUGGAGCUUUAUUACUUACAUUAUGAAAUUUUAAUAGUCAAAUAAUUUUCAAUUAUACGAAUAAAUUAUUGUUGAUAAUAUGUUUCAAGAACAUAUAUUUUAUAAGUCUUCAAAUUAGGAAUAUUUUUCUAACCCUUUGAUACAUAAUUUAUUUUAAGAAUACAAAUAUAAUUUAUUUCAAUAAUUGCAGUCUUCAAUUAUUCGAACUACAGUAGUUAUUUUUGUUGAUGUUUUGAGAACAUAGGUUAUGUUUUAAAAACUCCAGUUCGAAUUGUCUGGAACUAAUAAUUAUAUCAACCUUCAAUGAUAUUUUAACGAGAUAUUGAUAAUUUAUUCAUUUUAUUACUCUAAAUUUAUUCAUUCAUAUUAUUAGUUUAUGUGAUUAUCAAUUUAUGUUACUAUAUGCCUUAAUAAUAUUAUAAUGAAUUAGAAAAAAUGAUGGAUCAUAUUUUUUUAUCAAUCGUAAUCAAUAAUUGAAUUAUUUAGGAGGUGUUGUUAAAACUUUUAUAUAAUUAAUAACUUCCGGUAACUUUGACGAUUUUAUCAAAUUAUUAAAGUUUCCAAACAAUUUUGUUAUAUCGUGUCGUCCAUAAGGCCUAUGGAACGAUCAGGCUUAUAGUAGGAGUACGAAAAUGAAUGUACUCAUUAUAAAUUAUUUACAAGUUUAUAUUUAUUAAUUAAAUAAUUAUUGUUAUCUAUACACACAUGAUAUUGAUUUCAAUAUGUGAUACUAUAGCCACCUCUAAUACAACGCCGCGGCCUACGAUAUUGCAACGUCGCUGUGUAGGCCUAGAAUGUAAUACAUGAUUGGUGAAAAAGAUCAGCUGGUAUUUUUUUAAAUCUUUUUCACCAAUCAUGUAUUAGAUUCUAGGCCUACACUGCGACGUUGCAAUAUCGUAGGCCGUGGCCUUGUAUUAGAGGUGGCUAUGGUGUGAUACAUAAUUGGAUAUGACUGUCAAAUUGAAAUAGAUAUUUACAGAAAAGUUUAUUUGUACAUCACAACUAUGUUGACUGAUUGUGCAUGUUCUUUUAUCUAUAAUUUUAAUUGAUCAAUGUAAAGACGUAUAUAAUAUAUUAAUCAUUGUCUUAUGAGAAGGCAAUCCCACUACUAUACCAUGAUAUGCUGAUUGUUCUUCAAUUUUAUAGAAAUUUCUACUUGUCCCCUUCAAAAAAAUUUAAAUUUUGAAAAAUACUCAAAAUUUUGUAAACUAUAUUUAUUCUGCAAUAAACUUUGUAAAUUUUA